CUUUGGGACAGUUGGGUUCAAGUCGCAGCCCCAUCAGUGUAUUGCGUGUGGGGGUGGAGGUCGGCGAGGAGGAUGGAUCAUGGGGAAAGGAACGCGUGCAAGUACCUGGGAGAGACAAGGGGUCCUGGCACCGGGAUCUCAGGGCUCCCCACUUUCCCAGUUCAACUUCCCCAGAAUUGGCAGUGACCCCGAAUUUGCUUCCUUUUAGCCGCGGACUGCCCACCUAUAGACUUCUUUUUACCCUUGUCCCUAAAUGCCACACCCAAUAGUCGCGCUCCCUAACUGUGAUUUGCUACGGGAGGGGGCUAGAUUGGUGGAGUAGGUGAGUCCAAGUUCCAAGAAAUCCAGCCCAGGAUUUGGGAGGGAAAUCCAGUCCUGGAUUUUGCGCCGCCUUCGCAGACAGCCUUGCUGGUGAAGAGAAGGUGGGGGGGAGAUAGGGUGGGGGGACGGGGGCCGCCUCCUCCUCAAUGUGAGGGGAGCGCCCGGACACAGCGCGCAUCCGGACCCAGCCGAGCCCCGGCGAGCCCCCCGGACCCUGCGCCCGGAUCUCACGCCCCUCCCUUCCCAGAUCCCAGACCCCAGACCCGUGGGUUCCCACCCUCUCUGGCUUCGCUCCUUCCUCCCCCGCCGGCGCCUGUAUCUCCAUCCCCAGCAUCCUCCCCGCGCCCCUGAGAAUCCCCCGCACGACCAGCCCCAUUAGCUUCCCAGCCUCCUAAAGACCCCCUCUCCUACCCCCGUCCGCGGUCCCUGUCCCUGGAGUCCCUAUUCCCCGCCCCUGCCUCCCCCGCACCGGUUCUUCUUCUCCCCAGCCUCUGGUCCCUCUUUUCUGCCCCCUUUUCCUCCCUCUCCCCUAUUUGCCCCCACUACUGUCCUCCCCGCCCUCCCCUGCCCAUCUCAACACCCCCACCCAGGCCGGGGUGCACGGUCCGGCGCGCCUCCCUGGAGCAGCACCAAGGUCCCGGGGCUCCAGCGGGGUGGGGGCGCAGGGCGGGGAGCAUGGGGAGGGGGCGCCCCGUGUGAUGGGAGGGGGGCGCAAGCGGCGGCGGCGGAGGCGGCGGCGACAGCGGAGCCGGGCCGGGGGCUCAGCGGGGUCCGGGGGCUGGGGGCAGCGAGCAGGGCGGCCCCAUGGCCGGGCCCCCCUGAGGCAGUCCGGGGGAGUCCCCUCCCCUCCCCAGCUCGGGGGUCUCGGGGCCCCAUGAGCCGGGGCGCGGGCGCGCUUCAGCGCCGGACAACGACCUACCUCAUCUCGCUGACCCUGGUCAAGCUCGAGUCGGUGCCUCCGCCGCCGCCUUCUCCUUCUGCGGCCGCAGCCGGCGCCCCGGGGACCAGAGGUGCCGAGACCGGGGAUCCUGGCAGCCCCCGAGGCGCGGAGGAGCCAGGCAAGAAGCGGCACGAGCGUCUCUUCCACCGGCAGGAUGCGCUGUGGAUCAGCACGAGCAGCGCGGGCGCCGGGGGCGCCGAGCCCCCAGCCCUGGCCCCCGCUCCGGCCAGUCCGGCCCGCCCCGUCUCCCCCGCUCCCGGCCGCCGCCUCUCCCUCUGGGCCGCCCCUCCUGGGCCUCCGCUCUCCGGGGGACUGAGCCCCGACCCCAAACCCGGGGUCGGCCCCCCCUCCUCCCGGCGCCCCCUGCUCAGCAGCCCGAGUUGGGGGGGCCCGGAACCCGAAGGCCGGGCGGGCGGCGGCGUCCCCGGCUCGUCCUCCCCGCACCCUGGCACCGGCAGCCGGAGGCUCAAGGUGGCGCCUCCUCCGCCGGCUCCCAAGCCUUGCAAGACCGUGACCACGAGCGGCGCCAAAGCCGGCGGGGGCAAGGGCGCGGGGAGCCGCCUGUCAUGGCCCGAAAGCGAAGGCAAGCCCAGGGUCAAGGGGUCAAAGAGCAGCGCUGGGACUGGAGCUUCUGCCGCCGCCGCCGCCGCCGGAGGAGGAGGAGGAGGAGGAGGAGCGGCAGCCACGACCUCUGGUGGGGUCGGGGCUGGGCCCGGAGCCCGAGGGAAGCUGUCCCCUCGGAAAGGCAAGAGUAAGACCUUGGACAACAGUGACUUGCACCCGGGACCGCCUGCCGGCUCUCCUCCUCCGCUAACCGUCCCAGCAACCCCGGCUCCAGCCGCUGCUGUCACCGCCGCCUCCGCGCAGCCCACUGGGCCUGCACCUCCAAUCACUCUGGAGCCUCCAGCUCCGGGGCUGAAACGGGGCCGGGAGGGGGGCCGAGCAUCCACUCGAGAUCGCAAGAUGCUCAAGUUUAUCAGCGGCAUCUUCACCAAGAGCACAGGGGGGCCUCCUGGCUCCGGGCCCCCUCCCGGACCCCCGGGCCUGUCUUCUGGCAGCGGGUCCAGGGAGCUGCUGGGCGCAGAGCUCCGCGCCUCCCCUAAGGCUGUGAUCAAUAGCCAGGAAUGGACUUUGAGCCGCUCCAUUCCUGAACUGCGCCUGGGUGUGCUGGGUGAUGCCAGGAGUGGGAAGUCAUCGCUUAUACACCGAUUCCUGACCGGUUCAUACCAGGUGCUGGAGAAGACAGAGAGUGAGCAGCACAAGAAAGAGAUGUUGGUGGAUGGACAGACUCAUCUGGUGUUGAUCCGAGAAGAAGCUGGGGCACCUGAUGCCAAGUUCUCAGGCUGGGCAGAUGCUGUGAUCUUGGUCUUCAGCCUGGAGGAUGAGAACAGUUUCCAGGCUGUGAGCCGUCUCCACGGGCAGCUGAGCUCCCUCCGGGGGGAGGGACGAGGAGGCCUGGCGCUGGCACUGGUGGGGACACAAGACAGGAUCAGUGCGUCCUCUCCUCGGGUCGUGGGCGAUGCUCGAGCCAGAGCUCUGUGCGCCGACAUGAAGCGCUGCAGCUACUACGAGACUUGUGCCACCUAUGGGCUCAACGUGGACCGGGUCUUCCAGGAGGUGGCCCAGAAGGUGGUGACCUUGCGCAAACAGCAACAGCUUCUGGCUGCCUGCAAGUCCCUGCCCAGCUCCCCGAGCCACUCAGCUGCUUCCACUCCCGUAGCUGGGCAGGCUAGUAACGGGGGCCACACCAGCGACUACUCUUCUUCCCUCCCGUCCUCACCCAAUGUUGGUCACCGGGAGCUCCGAGCUGAGGCGGCCACAGUGGCUGGAUUGAGCACCCCAGGCUCCCUGCACCGGGCAGCCAAGCGCAGGACCAGCCUGUUUGCGAAUCGUCGGGGCAGUGACUCUGAGAAGCGGAGCUUGGACAGUCGGGGAGAGACAACAGGGAGUGGGCGAGCCAUCCCCAUCAAACAGAGCUUUCUACUAAAGCGAAGCGGCAACUCCUUGAACAAAGAAUGGAAGAAGAAAUAUGUGACCCUGUCCAGUAAUGGCUUCCUACUCUACCACCCCAGCAUUAACGAUUACAUCCACAGUACCCAUGGCAAGGAGAUGGACUUGCUACGAACAACAGUCAAAGUCCCUGGCAAGCGGCCCCCGCGGGCCAUCUCUGCUUUUGGCCCCUCAGCCAGCAUCAACGGGCUGGUCAAGGACAUGAGCACUGUCCAGAUGGGUGAAGGCCCUGAAGCCACCACUCCCACCCCAAGCCCGAGUCCCAGCCCUAGUUCCCUGCAGCCACCACCAGACCAGACAUCCAAGCACCUGCUGAAGCCAGACCGGAAUUUGGCCCGAGCCCUCAGCACUGACUGUACCCCAUCUGGAGACCUGAGCCCCCUGAGUCGGGAACCCCCUCCUUCUCCCAUGGUGAAGAAGCAGAGGAGGAAAAAAUUGACAACACCAUCCAAGACCGAAGGCUCAGCUGGGCAGGCUGAAGAGGAAAACUUCGAGUUCCUGAUCGUGUCCAGCACGGGUCAGACGUGGCACUUUGAGGCAGCCAGCUUUGAGGAGCGAGACGCCUGGGUCCAGGCCAUCGAGAGUCAGAUCCUAGCCAGUCUGCAAUGCUGUGAAAGCAGCAAGGUCAAGCUACGCACAGACAGCCAAAGCGAAGCCGUGGCCAUCCAGGCGAUCCGGAAUGCCAAGGGGAACUCUAUCUGCGUGGACUGCGGGGCCCCCAACCCCACGUGGGCCAGCUUGAACCUAGGCGCACUCAUCUGCAUCGAGUGUUCUGGCAUUCACCGGAACCUGGGCACACACCUGUCCCGCGUUCGCUCGCUGGACUUGGACGACUGGCCGCGGGAGCUGACCCUGGUGCUGACGGCCAUUGGCAACGACAUGGCCAACCGCGUGUGGGAGAGCGACACGCGGGGCCGCGCCAAACCCACGCGGGACUCCUCGCGGGAGGAGCGUGAGUCCUGGAUCCGCGCCAAGUACGAGCAGCUGCUGUUCCUGGCGCCUCUGGGCGCUCCCGAGGAGCCUCUGGGCCGCCAGCUGUGGGCCGCGGUGCAGGCCCAGGAUGUGUCUGCCGUUCUCCUGCUUCUGGCCCAUGCGCAGCACGGGCCGCUUGACGCCAGCGUGGAGGACCCGCAGCUUCGCUCCCCUCUCCACCUGGCGGCCGAGCUCGCCCACGUUGUCAUCACGCAACUGCUGUUGUGGUACGGCGCCGACGUGUCCGCCCGCGACGCGCAGGGACGCACCGCGCUCUUCUACGCCCGCCAGGCUGGAAGCCAGCUGUGCGCCGACAUCCUCCUCCAGCACGGCUGCCCGGGUGAGGGCGGCAGCACGGCCACAACCCCCAGCGCGGCCACCACCCCCAGCAUCACCGCCACGCCCAGCCCCCGCCGCCGGAGCAGCGCCGCCAGCGUGGGCCGCGCCGAUGCCCCCGUCGCGCUGGUAUAGUUGCCCAGCGGGAGAGACACCCCCACUCCCAUACGGGCCGGGCACGGCACACCGGGUGGACCGCUGGACAGAUGCACCCACUCACCUCUCCAUCUGCACCCCGCCCCACGGGAGCACUUCGUCCCCCCACGAGGGCACAGCCCCCACGCCUCCCGGAAGACACAAACUCACCUCCCUCUCCCCAACGAGGCAUGGAGACCCCAGCUCAACACGCCCCCGCUCCACUGUUUCCACACUCGGAUUGCUCUGGGUCUACCCGCUCGCUCGGUGUUUGCUGUUUGCUAACGGGACGCCCCGCGGCGGCACCUGCUCCUGGGCGCUUGGAUGUGCCCGCUCGCGCCCCCUAGGGGCGGGGGAAAGACCCAGUCCUGCCUGUGCUUGACAAUCCCACGGCCAGAGCACAUACCCAGGCUGGCUCCUGGGGCGACGCCACGCCAGAGGGAGGGGUUAAUACGUGGGAGGGCUAGCCCUGUGACUUGGGGCCAAUACGGGGGACCCCACCCCUUCCAAGCUAAUCUCACUGCCCAGUGAAGCGGGAAGGGCAGCGAGGGGCAGGACCCCUGCUGCCCAAGGGGGUAGGGGGUUCCCCAACCCUUUCCGUGAAAGGGACCAUGAGGAGUGGAAAUCAGGACGUCCCCCCACACCCACCCAUGGAUGGAAGCUAAAGGGCCGGGGGAGCCAAGAACCUGAGUCCCUCCUCACUACUAUCUUGGGAGGGAGAAGGGAUGGAACAGGAGCGGGCUAAGGGGACUGGGGAGGGACCUUGUAAUUUAUUGCUUUGUUCCCCACCAAGGGGACAGGGGCGGGCAGGGCUUGGGGAGGGCGUUUCAGGGGAAGGGAAGCCAAGGGUGGGCGGAGGGUGGGGUGGGGUGGGGGUGCUCUCGGGUUGUGAGUGUCUGUGACCGUGACUGCGUACCUGUGACUGUGCAGCGCCCAUGGUGAUCUGGGGUAGGGGCACCCCUACAACGGGACCCCUCCUCACUAUUCUUCCUGUCCAGCCCCUCCCUCCCCCUGGAGCAGCUCCAGCGCCAUCCCUCAACCCCACCAUCCCUCCCAGCCAGGGCUAAGAGGACGUGAGGUGGCUGGGAGGGUUUCCAGGCCCCCUGCUCCAUCCCCGGAAGGGGGGGUGGGGUGGGGUGGACUUACCUGGCCCAGCCCUGCUCCCCUCAAUCAAUCCAGCCCUUGGGCCAUCAGUGUCAGUGGUUUCCGGUCUUUUUUUUUUUUUUUUUUUCCAGCUAAAAUAUUUUGCAAAGGACCAGGUAAUUGGGGAGGGGAGAGGGGCGGAGGCAGGGGAGAAUGCCCCCCUCUUCUCCUCCGAGGCAGGUCAUGUGAAUCUUCAGCAGCAAUUAAAGAGGAAGUGAUUUUGUCUAGGGGGGCACCUAGAAAGGGCUCCAGCCGCGGCUGUGGAGGACUGCCCCAGGCCAGCCUGCUCACCUAGAGCACCUGGUACCAGAAGUAGAGCUUAUAGGAGGGGCCCCUCUCCUGGCAGGGAGGGAAGAGGUGGAAGAUCUCUUGGCCACAGAGGUCCCUGGUGCUCAUGAACUCUAUGCCCAGCUAAUGCAGACAUUGUCCACUGCCCUGUCAUCUACAGGGCCGCUGAGGCCAGCGCCACCUCCAAGAGCUGCAGCACCUUGUGGCUCAGCAUGUAGCCAGUCCUGCCAGUCCUCGUGUGACCUGGUAGAGGGGCCAGGUGGGGUGCUGUUGGGCCAGCAGCCAAUGCAGCUGGGCACAGCCAUCCACAUGUUGUCAGCCACUUUGACGAACCAGUCACUGGCCCAGCAUCUUCCGGUAGAGUUGUUUCUAGUUCUCAGCCUCACAACAGAUGUUCAGCUGCAGAUAUGCCACCAAGCUAACAAGGUGUGGAUGCAGCAAUGGCCCCAGGUCCCAUUCACAUGGAGGCCCUGGUUCUGCAGGGUCCUAGGCUGGGCGACCAUGCAGCACAGUAGCAGGACCCAGGAAAGGUGGAUUCAGGGGUGCAGGGGAAGUGCGAGGUGCAGAUGCAGGUGUGUGGUCUGGGGAGGCAAAGCGAGAGGAAGCGGGGAAGUAGCAGAGACUCAACUGGAAGCCCUGGCCAUUCCCCCUUUCAGCUCCCAGACCCUGGACUCCCCACUCCAUCUCCACUUUCCUUCUUGGUGGCAAAAGCUCAGUCCCUUUCCCGGAAGCUCGAGCGUGAGAGAGUAUGAGGAGGAAGCAAGGACUCUGGAGAGGAUGACCUGACUACAGGGAACCGCCAGCCAGUGAGAGGUGGUCAAGGGGUCACAACCCCACAGCAACUCCCCACCCUGAGUAACCCACUAGAUUCUUCGUUUCAUGGGCUGCGUCUUUGGCCCUGUGGGAGAUGGGGUGACACAACAUCAAGCAAGCCCUCCAGGUUGCGGCAGAAUAGGACUCUGGAAGGGGACUCCCUGGGGUGCGGAAGGGGUGCUGCUGCCCCUUCCUGUCCAUGCCACCUUCACAGCUCGCCUGGAUUAUCUCACCUGGAUUCCUGCUGCCCUCCGCCAUCCCCCUCCCCACCCCCUCCUGGUUGCCAUCUGCCACACACCCUGCUCUCCUCCUCCUGUUUGCCUCAGCACAGCUGGGCAGACCAACCUUCUCCUUUGGAGUUUUACCAAAAGCCAAAGGAAAA